AUGGCCGUUGUUCCCGACAAAAGAACACAACCUUAUCACCCAGUGACACACGAGUGUAUUCAUUGCAGCAAUUUGGUGCUUGAUAUCGUAUCGGAACGCCACACGGGAACAGCCCAAGCUGAAACUAGAUUCGAAUUUCCUGGCAACUGCAGUGACGCAAGCAAAGCUGCCGACCAGGGCUGCUUGUUCUUUCAGUAUCUCUUCAGUUAUAAGUGGACUGAUUCUCCCUUAGUCCGCCUACAACUGAUUUUGGUGGCCACAGGUUGGUCAACAGUUGAGCUAGUUGGUGAGGAGCAUGCAAUACCAACAAAUAGCAUUUGGGACGCCGCGACUGGGCGUGGGAUAUUGUGGGAUGUAGGCUUUAAACAAGACUCGAUUCGCGUACCAGACUGGUUCAAAGAAGAUUUACCACUUUUAAUGCACAAUGCAUCAUUUCCUCCUACCUUCGAUGCUUAUACCUGGCGGGGUGAUCCUGCUGAGGCCUAUUGCACCAAAUUUCCCUCCAAUCUCGACGUGGGGUCUCGUCAUGCCUCGGAGUGGAUGAAAGCUCAUUUGUCCGAGUGCCUAGAAAAACACCCCAAAUGCCAGAAGGAAGAUGACCCCGCGCGGCCAGCUUUUCUUCUAGACCUAAGCAAAGUCGAUGAACUAAAGUCUGUCCAGUUGGUGAGCACCGCGCAGAUACAAGGAGAUUUCUCAUAUGCGGCCUUGAGCUAUUGCUGGGGCACCAACCCGAAAACACUAACAACUCGGGCAACCCUAGAUAGCAUGCAAGAAGGUGUGGAUAUCCAAGAACUCUCGAGGACGAUACAGGAUGCUAUUCACGUCACUCACAACCUUAAAAUUCCAUAUCUUUGGGUAGACGCCUUGUGUAUUGUGCAAGAUGACGACAGGCAGAAACUGAUUGAAAUCAACAGAAUGGGUGCUAUAUAUGGUUCCGCCUUGGUGACUAUUGUGGUAGCAAGUGCGAAAACAAGCGAUGACGGGUUUCUAGGCAUCCGGAAUGUCGCCAUGACAUUCGCUACACAUGUACGUUGUCGUGAUGGUACUGUAGGGGAGCUACUCUUGGAGCAAUACAACCAACCUCUCAACGACCCGAUCAAUUUGAGAGCUUGGACUUUACAAGAAGCUCUGUUAUCUCAUCGAAUUCUCUAUUUCAGCUCCGAGCAGAUAGUCUGGUCCUGCGCUACCGAUACCCUAGCCGAUGGAGGCUCCGUGCCAGAAACAGCAGCGAGUGUCUUGGUUGCAUCAAGGCAGCAGCUAACAGGCAGCCAUGGUCUCCCUCCCCUAGUGCAUCUAACUGAUGCCAAUACUCUGUUGCAGCAUAACGUCUUUCCAGAAACCUCUGGUUUUCAGAAUAGAACUACGGGAGAGAAUAGCUCAAGCACCCAACUCCUGAGCAACCGUGUUGAACAAUGGUGGAGCAUAGUUAACGAUUAUAGUCAUCGUGAGAUGUCCGUGUCGACGGAUAAACUAGUCGCUAUAUCGGGUGUUGCUCAGAAACUGGGCGGAGAAGAUAAGCUUUGGCCCGAUCAACGACUGGGAAGGUAUCUAGCGGGUCAUUGGGAGAUGACUCUAGUCGUGGAUUUAUUAUGGACAGUCAUUAGACAUCAGCCUCGGCCUACUGUAUACCGCGCGUCUUCAUGGUCUUGGGCGUCAGUUAAUGGCCGUAUCCUCAGGCGUCAAUCACCUAGCAAAGAAGUCAAAAGCUUCCAAGUUCUCAGCACCACCGUCAAAUUAUCAUCAGACCUAGCCCCAUUUAGCGGUGUCACCUACGGCGGCAUCACAGGGGUUGGAAGGAUCAAACGAGUCACAUACGAAAAGAAAUCCAAAAUAACUAUUCUGCAGAAAGAUGAGACCCACGGGUUUCACUCUAUCGAGUACUUGGACACCGAUGAGGGGGGGGAUGAUGGAUCGCAAUUCGGGCCCUACCUUUGGCUUCUAGAAAUCGUUCGACCUCCGGAGACAUUUAGCAGGUCCGGGAAUCGACCUGUUGGUCUAAUACUAGCGAAAGAUGAAGAUGGCGAUUCGUUUCGACGAGUUGGCGCUUAUGACUUUGCGCACAUUGAAAGUGGGAAGAAGAACUAUAAGGCCUGGCUUGACUCUUUUGAGACUCGUACCGUCGAAUUGAUAUGAAGAUCUUGUGAAACCUGUUGAUACCCCACCGGAAGUCCGUAGCGGGCUAAGCGAGUACUGUACAAAUAUUUACUAGAUGCAGUGAAGCAUUUUAUACCAAAUUUGGCUAAACAUCAAAAACAAGAAGGUAUCAAUUCCUGACGUCAAAGCUAUCAGUAACUCGCGACCCUAAAGCGGAGCCGCGACGCGGUGCUAUCCUUCCGGGGACCACGCCGGGCGACUAGGCAGGAUAUGCCGUUAGUUUUGAGUGUGGAAACCGGGCAAUAAUUCAAUCCGUCAAUUACUAUUGUCUUUCGUCGCCGGGUGACUCAUCUCGCGAUGCUUCAUAAUAAACCACGCGGUUGAGUAGUAGAAUUGCACCGGAUUUAUAAGGGUAUGAGAUCAUGAUCCGCUGGCAGUGUUUGGUUUAGAUACUUUUAUUCUGCUUGCUAUCGCCGAGGGCAUUGGUUUAACUCCGAUUUUUAUGAUUGAGUAUUGCUGUCCACUGUCUUGCGCAUAUGGUUUAAGAGUAUACGAAACUUGAUAGCGAUCAAACUAUCGAACGUUUCCAAAGGGUGUUUGUUAUAUACAAAUCAGCUAAUACAGAGAAUGUCACUUAUA